AUUAAAGCCAAAGAUUAGGAUAACAUAAUGUACUUUUGCGCUGUGUCCUUGAGAUUGGUCAGUGGAUAAAAAACAAUGAGGAUAUUAUCGAGGGUUCAGAUGAUAAGACACGUCAUCUGACACGUAAGCGAAUGUCAUAUGACAGGAAUUGGGGAUUUUUCUUUUCCGCGCUCAUGCGAUACGAGCGAAGAAGGCAAUUUAGGAGGACAAGUAUCCAUGGCGAAUUUAGGGUUUAUCAGCUCGCGAUGGCACGGGGAUGAAGCGCUAUCCGCCCCACGCCUCUAGAAUUUCGUGGUGCGCACCUUUUCCAGCUCGCGUAGGGUAGUCGCGAUUUCGCUUCGCGAUUCUGCUCGUCAAGCCAAGGCAAUGACAUUAUUCCUUCCCUGACACUCUACCGCCCGAGCAUUUGGGAAAUUUUUUGACGUGCCAGCGACUCUCGUCGGGGUCAGUGCUUUCUUGCGGGUCACUGUUCUAAGAGAUGGCCGCCGCGGAGAUGAGGACCGCCUGGCACAGAACAGCCGCCACUUGCUACUUACUCCACGAGGACGCCAAGCGAUCAUCAAAGCCGGACGACGAGGCCUAUAAGACAAAGGCACAAGGAGGGAAAUACGAGCUUAGCGAUGGGUGGAGUGCCGUCAGCUCGCACUACUUCUUGCCGGACAGGAAGCUAGAUUUCCACUUUCACAUGGAAAACGACGGUGAUCGAUCGCCAUCUAAGAAAAGCUUGGGCCUGGAAGCAGAGGCGGGGACUAAGUCACUCGAGUCGGACUGGCAAGCUAUAGAUUCGCCAUCGACGUGCACCACCGAUGCAAAAGAUUUUGACAAGGACCGGUCACUAGCCGAGAAGACGAGCGUGAGCUGCAGCUUAUCCGCCAAGAAUCUCGAGGUGAUGGGCCAAAGGUGGCGACACGCCAACAAAAGCGAACUGGCAGCUCUCAUUGCGAGGAAGUCUUCCGAGGAUAUGGGAAACUGUGACUUGCCGCCGCCUCUCUCGCCGGCAGCAAAAGGCUUGCUGAGACCUUCGGCCAUGAAGGAGGAUGUUUUCCAUGGUGGUGGGGGGGAGAAGCUCGCAACACCCGGUCUACCAUCGUCCGCACCGUCAUUGGCGUUUCGAAGCCUUGGAGCUUUGGAUCCGAAACUGAAGAGCAAAAUCCCGACUCCAGUCGAGAUCUCUCAAGAAAAACCGACAGCAGAAGAAGAGAGGAAUGACGCUAUGUUUUGGAAGAACAUGGACUCGGAGCUGCUCGGGGAGGCCCUUUGCCGGUCGCAGACACGAGCCAGGGAGGCCGAGAAGCGGGCAGCCGAGGCGGUAUCGGAGAGAGACCAGCUCCUAAAGCUCUUCUUCCGGGAGGCGUCCGUGUCGCUAACAUACAAGCACUGGGUCAGAUACUUAGAGGCAGAGAACUCGAUUCUUAGGCGACAGGAAGAAGAGCUAGGAGAGCAAUGGCCCCAAGAUGAAGACGCUGCUUUUGAUAAGAUGGACCAGCAGCACAGCUCCUCGCUCAAGCGCUCCAGCAAUCCCAGCAAACAGCACCAAGAAGGCAUGAGAUCUAAGAAACGCAGCAGGCAGUCAGAUAACUCGAUGGUACUGGGAUGUACAGUGGGACUGGCAUUUGCUCUGGGAGUUAGUCUCGCGGGUGCUGGCUUGGUAUUUGGUUGCACCAUGGGCUGGAUUCUCAUUGCCUUCUGAUGGCUCGAUUCUUACCUCCUUUGUUAUCUGUGAAUAUCAAAUGAAUCGCAAAUCACGUGGUAUAUAUAUUGGUUUAGUUUUCAAUCUAAUGUCUUGAGUUAUUUAAUCAUUGAAUUCAAUCCUAUUUAAAA